CAGAGGACCAGCCGAAGACCGCCUUUCGGUCGCGCUUCGGCCACUACGAGUUCAUGGUGAUGUCAUUCGGCCUCACCAAUGCACCCGCCACCUUCCAGAUGGCGAUGAACGACAUCUUCAGGGACAUCUUUGAAGAAUAUGUUCUCGUAUACCUGAACGACAUCUUGGUCUACAGUCGUACCUUAGAAAACCAUAUCAGACACCUCCGCGAUGUCCUACAGCGCUUACGCAAGCAUGGCUUCUAUGCCAAACUCAGUAAGUGCCGCUUUGCCCAGGGCAAAGUGGACUUCCUAGGACACCAUGUGUCUGACCAGGGUCUCCACAUGGACGAUGUGAAGAUCACUGCUAUUGCAGAGUGGCCCGUCCCCACAUCUGCCAAGCAGCUUCGCAGCUUUCUAGGCCUCACCAGCUACUAUUGUAAUUUUAUCCAGGGAUACGCUAGGUAUUCCUACGUCCUUACCUCCACCCUCCUCUGGAAGAACCCGCCGUGGUUUUGGACACCCUUCUGCGAGGACGCCUUCCGCGCCCCGGUGACUUGCGCGCCGGUUCUUCGCCUUCCCGAUUUUGAUCGUCCCUUUAUCGUCACCACCGAUGCGUCAGAUUUUGCAGUAGGAGUUGUCCUUUCUCAGGUGUUCCCCUCUCCUCCAGAUUCACCUUACCCCCAUGUUCCUCCUUUCCCCCCCCCUCCUGCUGACACUGCUUCUCGACUGACGCCUAUCCUACCACCACUUCCCUCCACUUACAGUCCUCCCAUUACUUACUCCCCGACCAUCACGGAGGAUGGGACGGUCGAGGCUCGUGUUGGGGAUUGCCCGAUCGCUUUCUACUCCCGUCAGCUACUACCUGUCGAGAUAAACUACACUGCAAAUGAACGUGAGGUUCACACAGUAGUUUAUGCUACCUGGCAUUGGCGUCAUUAUCUGCACGGGGCGCCCUUUACGGUGCGCACAGACAACUCAGUUGUCCAGGCUUUCCUCACGAAGCCUAAGCUUUCCCCUCGACAGGCACGCUGGUGGCGUGACUUAUCCGAGUUCAGUUUCACCACUCAGCCCAUCAAGGGUGAAACGAACCGCGUCGCCGAUGCCUUGUCCCGCCGUCCUGAUCACAAUCAGGAACUCAUCCAUCUUGCUGCCAUCUCCAUCACCAGUGUUGAUCAGUCGGUAAUCGAUGCGUAUCGCACUCAGUACCGCCACUGCCCCGAUUAUCGCGUCAUCCACGCGACACUGCGGAGUGGCAAGACCGUUCCUUCCUACUCCCUCGGGGAGAACGGCCUCGUGUACUGGCAUGGCAGAUCUGGUCAGCUAGAACCACGUAUCUGCGUUCCCUCCACCGGACAACUCCGCAUCCAGGCUUUAACAGAGUUCCAUGACCAAGCAGCUGCCGGUCAUAUGGGUUUCCACAAGACGUGGGCUCGUGUUUGCCGCCUAUACGUCUGGCCGAAGUCCAAGGACUUUGUCAAAGCCUACAUCGAGGAGUGUCCUACCUGCCAGGAGGUGAACAGUGCGAACCACCUUCCGUAUGAGUUACUUCAGCCCCUACCCAUACCUGAAGGUCGUUGGCAGUCUAUCUCGAUGGAUUUCAUUGGUCCCCUCCACCCACCCACUCAGCGCGGUCAUGAUGCUAUCUUGGUCGUCGUCGAUCGCUUCACGAAGUGUGCAGAUUUUGUUCCAUGCCGCUAUCGCAUUAGCGCUCGUGAGGUCGCCGACAUUGUCUUCGACCGAGUCGUGAGAGAUCACGGCUUACCUAAGAGCAUCAUCUCCGACCGUGACCCGCGCUUUACCAACACAUUCUGGCGACGCCUACACGAGGUGUACGGAUCCCAGCUCCACUUCUCAUCGUCUUACCACCCUCAGACGGAUGGUCAGGCUGAGGUUACCAACAAAACUCUCGGUAAUAUCCUCUGAAAGUUUGUUAGGGAUGACCAGCAGUGGGACUUACACUUAGCCCACUCGGAG